CUGAGCCUGUGGCUUAAGUUCAAUAUUAGCUGACUAUUGAGUACUAAACAAAAAAAAUGUUGAUUUAAUUCACAUGACUGUUAUACAUACACAUAAAUACACACAUAUCAAUACACAUAAGUACACUGCACAUAAACAUAGAAGUCCCAAGAGGUAAUUCACAGUGGGCAUGCAUGUGAUCAUGAACAUGGUGGCAAUGGGCUGUUUUGAUGUCGAGUAAUUGUGGCUACAGCUACGAAGAAUAACUCUGUGCAUCAUUCUUUCAGGGUACUGUGCAACAUGAGUGCCAUUGACCAAAGCAGCCACAUCACAGCAGAAGAGGCUAACGAGAGAUCACCGCCUCGGCCAAGCCAUGCAGCGGAACCGGAACGUACCCCUGAUACGGCUGAGGAGACUGGUGUCGACACCUGCAGCAAUGAUGAUGCUUCAGCAACCACCUCAAGAGAGCAGCCACCAUCAAAACGGUCACGCUCGUCAAGACGACAAUGGACCUGCGAGGGCGCUAGCAAUGCAGGAGAGGGCACAAGCCAUGAAGCUGUGGCGCAAGCUUGCAUGGAGCACCUUGAACACAUCAGAGCGAACAAGGGGGUCAUCAAAAAAGAUAACAUUGGUUUCUUCGCUCUACAAACCGAUGCACGCCUCAGAGAGCUACCAGUGCACAUUGCACAAGAUGUAAUGCAUGCAGUAGAACUUAUGCUGUAUGAAGCAGAGGCAAAAUUGCAUCAGAGCAGUGAAGCAAAUUGAAGUGUUUAUAUAAUGUCAAUGACACCCAUCUUUUUUUAUCUUGUGUUCACUUUUCUAGUCUCAACUUAAAGGGGUCAUGACUGGUCACUCAACAAUUGACGGUUGUCAGCAAAAAACAAAACUACAGAGUAAAAUGUGCUAGUACACGUGUGAAAAGGGGCCUUAAGAGAUCAUUUUAAUAAAAAAUAUGCCGUAGAAGUGCUCGGCUCCUAAAACUCAAUCUACCACAAGUGACCGCCAUUUU